AUGGGCAACUUCAAGUUCGUUUCCUCCAGCUCGGUUAUGACGUACAUCAUCUGCAUCCUCAUGCUGGCAUUUGACUUCUGGACGGUCAAGAACGUCUCCGGCCGGCUAAUGCGCCCGGGGGGGGUGGGGGGGGGAUGGGUGGGAAUCGAAACGAGUCGAGUGGAGUCUAAUGCUGUGCAGGUGGGGCUCCGGUGGUGGAGCAACGUCAAGGAGGACGGCACGACGGAGUGGGUGUUCGAGUCCCUGGAGGACAUGUCGGAGAUCAACAGCGCCGACUACAAGCUCUUCUGGAUCGGGCUCUACGGCACGCCGGUCUUGUGGGUCUGCCUUCUCGUCACGGGGAUCAUGCUCCUCAAGUUCCAGUGGCUGGUGAUCGUGGUGAUCGCGCUGCUCUUGAGCGGGGCGAACAUCUACGGGUACACCAAGUGCAACGCAGACGCCAAGGUCAAGGUGCAGCAGAUGGUGAACGAUGGCAUGAUGGCGGGGGCCAUGCAGGGGGCGCAAGCAGCACUGGGGAACGUGGGCCUCCGAAAUGCUCUCUUCUCCAUGUUUGGCGGGGACCAGGCGCAGCAGGGGGGCGGCAGGGGGGGGGCAUCCUCCUCCAACAACGGGUCUGGGAUGAACAACGUCUAG